AAAAAAGAAUAGUAUUCCUAGGCUUACUACUUUUAAAGGAUAGUGAUUGAUUCUUCUUUUUAUAAAGAAAUCUUUUGCACUGUAUGGGUAUUUGUUUUGUCAGAAACAUUAGCAAUCAUUUAUCUACUACCUUUCCACUUAGGAAAACUUCAAAUGUCAGUUGCUUUAGUUUUUCAUAAUAUUGAUGACAAAAUUCAGUGAUUUUAUGUUUAAGUACUGUAGUUUGUAGUCUAUGCUGGACUGUUAUCAAAAGCUAUUUCUUUGAAUAUUUCAAUUAAGAAAUGUUCUUAUAAAGUUACAAGCACGUAUUUUUAUCUAAAUAUGUUGUAAUGUUGCAAUUUUCAAGGCAUACUUUAUUAAAAGUUUUUUAUUAUCCUUUUUCCAGAACAUUUAACCUCAAACUUCAGUGCCAUUUAAAACAUGUAUAUUAGUCUCUUUUAAUAUUUAUAUGCAUUAUAUUUUGGUUCAUCCCUGAUCCUUUGCAAUUACUCCAAAAGAGGGUGUAGUGAUACUGUAAGCAUUGAAAAAUUUUAACAGUGAGAUGGUAAUUUCCUCUUUAAUCCUUAAAGGAUCAGAUUCCAUUUUGCAUUGUAAUAGUUACUGAAUAAAUAGUACUUAAGCGGUGCUACUAAGUAAACAAUAUUUUACAACAGAAACCCAAUUUUCCAUCUUGUGAGUGACAAGCACCGUGCAUUUGUUGCCGACCCUGGAAUCCCCCACUCUAUUUCCGUUUUUCAACCUUUUAUCCUGGUUCACAAUUACAGGUUUAAUUCUUUUUCUGGAGGUGGGAAGACACAGCAUUAGGCCUUAGGGUCUUGGCACAGAAUCAGGCCUAGGAGUCAUUGCCUGACACUUCAGCCCUUGGAUAGUAUAUACUAGAAUGAUUGCAUUAGAGUUAGUUUAGCUGCCUUCCUGUUGUGAUUUUUAGAGGAUUAAAUUUAUGAAUUAUAUUUUCUGUUCAAAAUAUUUUAAAAAACAAAACCUGUUAGCAGAAUACAUAUGAGGAAUAUAAUCUCUUCCUUGAAAUUGAAAAUCAUCAUCAUUUCCAUCUUGAUACCAAUACUUCUAAUCAAUGACUAAUUAAAAACGAAUACUUCUGCCACACCAGGAGAAAGUUCUUCCUUUACUUUUGAUGGACGCUAAAUCUCUUUUUCGGUUUCCUAGGGAAAGCUUGCUAGCAGUAAAUGCCUUAAAUGCCUAUGUAGAAAGGAGUUGCUUCCCUUACAAUCUUCGGGCUUACUUUGCUUCCUAUUGCCUUCCCAAUUUACUUCAUGAAGAUCCAGACUUAUCAGUGAUAAAUCUUGAUAGGACACUUACCUGAAUUUCCUGAUUUUUGGAGGCUCUUAAAAGAGUGAUGUUCUUAACUGCAGUAGGUAUUUGUAUUAGUAGCUUGUAUUAAAAACAAGUAGCCACCUUGUCUGGAAACAGUGGUAAAAACAAAAGGUCUAUUGGCAUUAUAUUAUAGUAUAUGACAAAAUAAUUUUAUCUGUGUUUCCAGACUUUGUGGGUACCUGUUUAGAACUGACAUUUUCUAAGUGCAAUUUAAAAUAGUUACUUUAUUUGUCCAAAUUCUGAAUUAAGCAGAGACUAGCUGCAUUCAGAGCUCCAGUACUGUAAAUUCAAGAUGGAUCUCAAGUUCUCCUAACCCCUCGAAGACAUGAGAUGUACCUACAAAUUCUUUUUUCUAUAUCUCAUAAUUCUUACAAUUCACUUCAUCAAACAUUUUUAAAAUUCCUACCGGGUGGCAGAUACCAUGCUCGUUGCUUAGGCAGAAAAGUAAAAGGAUGCUGCCCUUUAAACACUGAACAGAAUUGCAAUCUAACAUGUUACAUUUUGAGGUAAAGAAGUAUGCCAAGGGUCCUCUUAUUUGAAGCAUAAAGGAGAAGCCUUUAAAUCAACCUGUGGUUUUUAGGCAAAGCUUCCUGGGGGGAGAGGCCAUUCUGUGUUGAGUUAUGAAGGAUGUGUAAGAACAGUUAGCCAUUUAAGGAAAGUAGAAAGGCUUUUUCAGGCAAAGAAGUAUAACAAAGAUGUGGUGGCAAAAUAUGAAAUAUGAGUGCGGCAGGAAAUGUAGCUGGUGUAUACUUGGCCUCAGAGGCCUUUAUGUGUCAUGCUGUAACUACUUGAAAGCUUGUAGAUACUGGGGAGCUAAUAAAGGAAUCAAAACAGACAAUUUGAUUUUCUAAAUAUUUUUAUUAUUGUAUAUUCUAUUUUUUAAAAACUUUCUUAUUUGAUAAUUUUGAAAUAAAUAUCAUGAUAAAUACUUUUUAAAAUAGAGCUAGAGGUUUAUAGAGAGAGUCUUGCUUUUGUUCACAUCACACUUGCUUUCUGCAUUCAAGUAAGUGAAGGCCCAGAUCAAGCCUAACAUUUCCUUUUUUUUCCUUCCUUCACUGAUCUACUUCCAAAUUCUUUUGGUAAUUAUUUUAAUGAGAUUUAAUGAAAAAAAUCUUUAAAAAUAAGUGAGAUACCAUUAUUUUUAGUAGUACCGUGUGAUUAAAAGCUUAAUUGUGUCUUACCUUCUAUUACACUUUUUAUAGGAUCUAAUCGUGCCUAUAAUCGUGUAUACACAUGCAUAUAAAUUUACUUACCAGAUCCUUUAAGAUUUUUUUUAACUGCUAUAACCUGAUAAAAUGUUAUGAAAUGAAUUUCAAAUGGAGUGAGACAUAUAGGUAAUUUAGAAUCGGUAAUAUGAAGUGUGGUAGAAGACAAGAAAAGGCCUGGGAAUUGUUGCAGUUAAAGAGAAUUUGGUGGGAAAUUUAGGAAGAUACAAGAAGGAGCGACAGAGAGCUGACUGAUAACCUGCAUGUACCUUAUAUGAAGGGCAACUAGAUGUUUGUGGAGGGCUUGGUGGACAAAGGUGACAUUCAUGCUCCACUAUAUGCAAAAUUGGCCAAAGGAGAGGAAAUGGAAAAAUAUCUUGGCUCUGACAAUUGGUUCAGAUGCAGUAAAUAAAAGGAAGAUGAACUUAAGAAAUGCUUAAUGGAUGCCUAAAGCAGCUUGUGAUGUAGGUAUAUUUCCAAUAAAUAGGUGAACUUAUGAGGAAAUUGGUACCCAUAUUGAUCUUUCAGAACAAUAGAAAAAAAUCAGUGAAACUGAGCACUAUCAGAACUAAGAAGAUACACAAAUAGUUAAAACAGAAAACAAAAAUACUUUUAAGAAUUAAGUUUAGACUAAGUUGGGAUGAGAAUUUUGUACGUGGAAAGGGUACAGCUAUUCAACAAUGGCAGGGAACUGCAGGGAGAGUAUUUUUGGGUAGAAUGUUAAUUUUGUUUUGUGGAACAAUAACGAUAUGCCCUUGUGACUUGCACUGUACCUGUGUCAGUGGACAUGAGUUCAGCAUAUUUUAAUUUUUAAUCCUUGCAGCACUGGAAGAUUGAUUCUUUUAUCAUCCAUACUUUAGAGGCAGCAAAAUCGAAGCUUUCUUCACCAGUAAAUGGGAAUGCGAAGUAAAUCGCAACAAAAUUCCAUUUCACCUUCAUCACACUAGAAUAGCCAAAAUUAAGAGUCUGAAUUGGGUAAAAAUAAGUGACUAAAGAAGCAGACCUGAGAAUCACCUAACAUGUCGAGGAGGAGAUUUGAUUGCCGAAGUAUUUCAGGCCUAGUAACUACAACUCCUCAAAUUCCAAUGAAAAUGGAAAACUUUAAUAAUUUCUAUAUACUUACAUCUAAAGAGCUAGGGAGAGGAAAAUUUGCUGUGGUUAGACAAUGUAUAUCAAAAUCUACUGGCCAAGAAUAUGCUGCAAAAUUUCUAAAAAAGAGAAGAAGAGGACAGGAUUGUCGAGCAGAGAUUUUACAUGAGAUUGCUGUGCUUGAAUUGGCAAAGUCUUGUCCCCGUGUUAUUAAUCUUCAUGAGGUCUAUGAAAAUACAAGUGAAAUCAUUUUGAUAUUGGAAUAUGCUGCAGGUGGAGAAAUUUUCAACCUGUGUUUACCUGAGUUGGCUGAAAUGGUUUCUGAAAAUGAUGUUAUCAGACUUAUUAAACAAAUACUUGAAGGAGUUUAUUAUCUACAUCAGAAUAACAUUGUACACCUUGAUUUAAAGCCACAGAAUAUAUUACUGAGCAGCAUAUACCCUCUCGGGGACAUUAAAAUAGUAGAUUUUGGAAUGUCUCGAAAAAUAGGGCAUGCGUGUGAACUUCGGGAAAUCAUGGGAACACCAGAAUAUUUAGCUCCAGAAAUCCUGAACUAUGAUCCCAUUACCACAGCAACAGAUAUGUGGAAUAUUGGUAUAAUAGCAUAUAUGUUGUUAACUCACACAUCACCAUUUGUGGGAGAAGAUAAUCAAGAAACAUACCUCAAUAUUUCUCAAGUUAAUGUAGAUUAUUCAGAAGAAACUUUUUCAUCAGUUUCACAGCUGGCCACAGACUUUAUUCAGAGCCUUUUAGUAAAAAAUCCAGAGAAAAGACCAACAGCAGAGAUAUGCCUUUCUCAUUCUUGGCUACAGCAGUGGGACUUUGAAAACUUGUUUCACCCUGAAGAAACUUCCAGUUCCUCUCAAACUCAGGAUCAUUCUAUAAGGUCCUCUGAAGACAAGACUUCUAAAUCCUCCUGUAAUGGAACCUGUGGUGAUAGAGAAGACAAAGAGAAUAUCCCAGAGGAUAGCAGCAUGGUUUCCAAAAGAUUUCGUUUCGAUGACUCAUUACCCAGUCCCCAUGAACUUGUUUCAGAUUUGCUUUGUUAGCACUUCUUUGACUCAUUUGGACUGAAUUUGAAAUUUUAUAUCCACUCCAGUGAGAUUAUGGUUUGUAGCUUCAUAUAUGACAUGUUUAUAUUGUAAAUGCACUUUUCCAUGGAAUAAUUUAGGGAAGUGUUUUAAUGUUAAAUUACUAGUUGCUAGCAUGAUUUCAUAUCCUGAGAUAGCUCUGCAGAUAAGAAAAUAUUUAAAUAUAUGACAAAAAGUAAAAUUGUACAUGUGAGUUUACAUGUUAAUGAAAUAAUUCAAGUUCAAAUGAACUUACCAAAAUGUUUUGCAUAUCAACAAAAAAAGUGGCUUGAGUUUUAUUAUAGUUGGUGUAAACUGAACACAAUGAAGACAUUGGAAUUUAAUAGGUUCUCUCUCUAAGGUGACUCUUAUACCAUGCCUCUAUCAACAUAAUUUGUUUAGGAAAGCAGUAUGAAAUUUAAGCCAAAAUACUUUCUACUUUAUAGAUGCUCAAGAGACAUUUUACAAUUGAAAAUGUCUUUCAAUUACAAAUAUUUUGAAACUUUAUAAGAUUUUCAUUCUCUAUGGUCUGUUAUAUGAGAGAGAUCCUUUAACCAGAGGAAAGAGGGAGUUAGAAACCUGAUCAGGGAUAUUCUUUACCAGUUGGAGCAGAGGAAAGAGUAGCAUGCCUUCAUAUUUUAACGCAAAUGUCUUUUUCCUCCUCCCAACCUACUUGAGAUCUGACAAGGUCUGGAAGAUGGAGAUAUUUGGUAUGCAAGUGUAGAGUUUUUUAAUCCUCCAGAAUUUCUAGAGUAGAAGAUACUUAGGUAAAAUUAAAUAUUCUCUAUUUUUAGUCAAACAUAUUUAUUAAUUGAAUAUAGAAGAAUAUGUUGACACACUCAGACAGCUUACUGAAUUUUAGGUGUCUUCUGCAUCUUAGAAUACAAGCCAGUCAUUCAGAGUUCUAAAAGUAUGCAUUAAAAAUUACAGCACCGGUAGGUCUAUUAACACAGUGCGCGAGUCAGCAGUAGCAAGACUGAUGUGAUCAUAAAACAUGACAUCAGGCUCGUCUGAAGUUCUUGUGUGAAAUUCCUAGUGAGUGAGGAGGCUCAGCUUAAAGCCAUCUGCAGAGUGGCCCCUCAUUGUGGUCUUUUGCUAGGACCAAUGCAAGAAAGAGACUAGGGAGAGCAAAAUGUUUGCUUAUGGCUAGAGACUAUAUCCAGUCCUAAUGAUGGGGAAAGUUAGUCCUUUUUAGGUAAUCUUUUAUGAAUUGUCACCUGAUGACCGUUAUAUUGGUCUGUUAUCAUGUUAAGAUAACUAUGAUCUCAUGACCAUGGUGCUGUAUCAAAAGAAAUAUUUUGACAAACAGUAACAACAACCUGAUGUUCCCCCUUUAGACCUUUAAUGUCUCAAAAUUUUGGUAAGUUUCCAAAUUCUUUAAUAAUAACUUAAAACUGUUUUGAAUAACUAUCAGGUCAUUUUAUUUGACCACAUGGUGAAUUCCUUUAACGUCUUCAGCAUUUGUUAAGGAAAAGUUUUCUCUACUUGUGUGUGUAUAUGUGCACGUGUGUAUGUACAGGUGUAUGUAUAUAUCUAUAGAUAGAUACAAUACAUUCUUUAGACAGUUUUCAAGAUUCUUUGCUGUGGUAUAUUGUGCUCAACUCAGGUGCCAAAGGAGCUGUUUUUUUUUUUUUUUUUUUGAGACGGAGUUUUGCUCUGUCGCUCAGGCUGGAGUGCAGUGGCAUGAUCUCAGCUCACGGCAACCUCCGCCUCCCGGGUUCAAGCAAUUCUCCUGUCUCAGCCUCCUGAGUAGUUGGGAUUACAGGCGCAUGCCACCGUGCCCAGCUAAUUUUUGUAUUUUUAGUAGAGACGGGGUUUCACCAUGUUGGCCAGGCUGGUCACAAACUCCUGACUUCAAAGUGAUCCACCCGACUCGGCCUCCCAAAGUGCUGGGAUUACAGGCGUGAGCCACCGCACCCCCACCCAGGAGCUCUCUUCUUAUGACAUAUAAAUUAUGACAUUUAUAUUCUUUAUAUGACUUUGUGUUCUCUUCUUAUGACAUUUAAAUUCUUUAAGUAGUUUGUUGGUCCAAUAAACUAGACAUUGUAUAAUCUAAAUUGAGCCCUUGUAUAUCUAAAACUGAUGAGUUGUUUCUAAAUUGUUGAUUGUCCAUUUACUUGCCUUUGGUGUUAAGAUAAUGCAAGUAAAGCUUAGUAAGUCAUUGGAUAAUGAAAUGAUUAUGUUUCUGAAGACCAUAUUAUAUUUUUAAUUUUUAGAGGAAUCAUGCCAUCCUCCAAAAAAUCAAGAAAUAUUUGAAUUUUAAAUUAUAAGCUCAUUUGUAAAAAGACAUUUUAUACCAACUUUCUCUUUCUCUGAAAAUCUUAAAAUAGUUUACAUCUACCUUUAAUUAGUAGAAUACAGAGCUGUAAAUUUCCAUGCCUUUUUUCCUGAUAUUAAGUUUUAUAGUAAAGCAACUAGUGGUUGCACAAAGAAUAUAAAAAUGCACUGUUUUUACAAAGGUGUGAAUUUAAAUAACGUUAUUGAUUGGAAUAUGAAAAUGAACCUAUCAUUUAAGAGCCUUUUAGCAAAUGAUUCAAUUCUUACUCUCUUUCUCCCACGAUUGAAAAGUAUAAUGUAUUUCUCUAAAGUAGGAAUCUAGAGAACCCCUAUGAGUGGACAAAUGUCAGUAACACUUGAACACAUGAGAAUAUAAGUGUUAUAUUGUGAUAUUUUAAAGUUUAAUUUACUUUUUGGGUAGGAUCUCUAAAUAGAUGGCAUUUUUAAAUAGAUGAUAUAUAGAUGGCAAUUACAAUUGUCAUUUUAAUUAUUUUCCCUACAGCAAAGAACCUAGCUCUGAGCAGUGAAAUUGUAAUGGCACUUUAAAGGAAGUAAGCCGUUAACUCUUCUCUAGUCCAGCGAUCUCCAACUGUUUUGGCACUAGGGACGGGUUUUUUGGAGAAAAUUUUUCCACGGGACUGGGGGUUUAAGGGGAUGGUUUCAGGAUGAUUCAAGUACAUUACAUUUAUUAUUAGAUUCUCGUAAGGAGAAUGCAACCUAGAUCUCUUGCAUGUGCAGUUCACAAUAGGAUUCGAGCUCCUUUGAGAAUCUAAUGCCAUGGCUGAUCUAACAGGAAGCUGAGCUCAGGCAGUAAUGCUUGGCACCGCUCCCCCUGCCCCCAACCUUCUGUGCAGCCCGGUCGUGGCCUGGGGACUGGGGACCCCUGCUCUAGUCAGUAAUGAGAUAAGGGACUUGUGCCAGAAUAUAAAUCAACGCAUUGCUUCCUUUAUCAAAGAAGUCUUGUUAUUUAAAAAAAGUCAACUGAGCCAAUAUGAUUAGUGAUGUAAUUGAUUUUCAUUCUGGCACAAGCCUCUUUCAUUCUGGACAGCUCACAAAUAGUUAAUGGACCAUGCUUUGAAUAGCCUUCUUCUAAGCAGCAUUUAUAAAUAAUGAUAUUUUAGAACUGUUUACAUUUCUUCUGUUUAUUUUUGAAUUUUCAGUUUGAUAUCUUGUCCUUAUUCAUUGUUGUAUAAACAACUGUACUUUAAUUUCAAGUAGUAUUAAAAGUAUUUCACUUCAGUUUGAGGGGAUUAUUAUCAAUUUAUAAUUUUAUAAAAGUAUUUUAAGGAAUAAUUGUAAAUUUUCCAUAAAUUACAACUUCCUGCCAUAUUUUGUUAAAUAAUAAUAUUGCUUAAGGCAUAUAGACAGACAUUAUUAUGAGUAUUCCAGUAGAAAAUCUACAUCAACUUGAUCAUUCUGGCUAAAAAUUAAAAAGCACUUUUUUAUA